GCCGGCUCUCGGGUAAUUCAUAAGUAGUGGUGCGGCUGCUACCCCUCCAGCUGCUGGUGGAGCCCUUUAACUGUGGGUGACAAGUCCGUGUACCAUCUUGCUGCUGGAGCCCUUUAACCGUGGGUGACAGCUGGAGCUGAGCAAGUCUGUGUUCGGGGCCGAGUACCACCCUGCUGCUGGAGCCCUUUAACUGUGAGUGACAGCUGGAGCUCAGCGAACUUGAGCCCGGGAUUGUAAACAAACCCGUUUCACCCAAUUCACCAUCGUCCCAUUGCUGUUCAAGUCCAACAAACGCAUUGAUCAUCAGCGACGUCCAGACUCACUGUUCUCGAAGUGUAUUGGUGCAUAAGAAGUGCAACUUUGUGGAUUGACGUUAUUUUUUUUAAAAAAGCCAUUCGGGCUCGGAUCUGGCUUCUUGAGCUAUAUCUGUUUGGAAGGAAGGAGUUAUUCAAAUGCCUCUUCUCCUAUUUACAGGAAAAGAUGCCUUUCAGUAAUGAGAAACACUCCUCAAAUGAUGAAUCAUUGAACAGUGAUGCUGAAUCUUGUGAUCGGUCGGAUAGUGUCACUUCUUCCAGUGACUACGAAUAUGCUCGACAAAGCUUCAGUAGUGAUUCUUCCAGUAAACCGAGCUCGCCAGCCUCAAGCCCUCCGAAAAUGGUUUCUUUUGACAAUAUGAUAGAGACUGCAAAUGGGUUGUCAAAGUUGACACUGGCUCAUGAAAUAGUUAUGAAUCACAAUUUCCAAAUGAAGUCAAUUGAUCUACCACCACAAAGUUUACAGAGGAGGGUAAAAGAAAUAGUUCACAAAGCAUUCUGGGACUGUUUGGAGGCUCAGCUAAACCAAGAUCCACCUGAAUAUGAACAUGCCCUCUUGCUUUUGGGAGAAAUUAAAGAGAUACUUCUGUCGUUUUUGAUACCUGGCCAAAAUAGACUUCGAAACCAGAUCUCUGAGGUCCUUGAUCUGGAUCUAAUUCGACAACAGUCUGCACACAAUGCUAUUGACAUUCAUAAACUGGCUGACUAUAUAAUCACCUUAAUGGCCAAAUUUUGUGCCCCAGUUCGGGAUGAUGAAGUAAAAAAAUUAAAAUCGAUUACAGAAACCGUGCCACUGUUCAGAGAGAUGUUUCGUGUUCUUAAUUUGAUGACUAUGGAUAUGAUCAACUUCACCAUUCAAUAUAUUCGGCCACACGUUCAACAAUGUUCUGUGGAUUAUGAACGAAGCAAAUUUCAGGAUUUUCUCGACAAACAACCUGAUGCCCUUGAUCUCACAACUCAGUGGCUUAAGGAGUCUGUUGCUGAAGUUUCAGCCUUGGGUCCCUCAGACACUUCCUGUGCCACCAAUGGGAGCUCGAGUCUUUCUCUAAGUCCAUCUUCUGUGCUAAACAAUGCUUAUUUGAAAUUAUUGCAGUGGAAUUACGGCAAUAAGCCAGUACCUGAGACUCUUUUGACUGAUCAAUCACGUCUCCAAAAACUACAGCAAAGACUUAACCAGCAAAAACUUGUCGCCUAUCUGAUGCUGAUCAUCUGCAACUUCGGGGGAACAACACUCUCAAGCCUUCCAGGCUUCUGUGACAAAGUAAAGAGAAUUUUAGUUGCUUUGCUUGAAGACAUGAAUGACAAAAAUUUCAAUCUUGAAGAAACACUUAAAACCAUAAGUGUGAGGGUAUGUUGUGAAAUAAGCCAAGCCUUAGUUGAACAUGGAUACCCUGACCUUAACAAUGAAAGUCAAGCAAAUCUCACAGGACAAAUCAACAGUAUUAAAGAAGAAGGAAAUCCUAUUCGUACCUUAGUCAAUAACCGGAUUGAGCUAUACAUGAGAAAUUUGCUCAGUGUAGAGAAUCAUCAGAAGACUGUAUCUGUUGCUUUGGGAGGUCUGGAACCCAUUCAAGCUGAACUGGAAGAGAUUGGAUCCCAAUAUGUCUCUAUUAUUAAGUACAACAGACAGGUGUAUGGGCCUUUUUAUUCUGGCAUUCUGCGAAAAUUGCUUUUCAGUGAUCUUGCGUCAGCAGGCACAGCAGCAUCGCCUUCUCCUUGAAAGGAGGAGGUUAAUAAAAGGGAGCAUGUCUGUUUGGUUUUUAGUGUUUUUAUGUUGCAUCUUCAUACGUUGGCUGUAAUGAAUGGUGUUAUCUGCAUAACACUUGAAUAUAUUUAGUUAAUUGCAAACGUAUAACAUCUACUAUUCUUCAGCAAAACUGGCAAAUCGUAUAUGUCUAUUUAAUAAAAAUCAUUUGAGCCUGAAGCUUUAAAUUGGCCAUCACUAUCCACUUAUACCAUGAUUAUAAAGUUAUGUAGUUUUUAAAAAAAAAAUACUAAGAAAAUCUAGAACUUUUUUGGUAAUUGCAUUAGUGCCCUUUUAUCUUAUGAAAACCAUAAUAUUGAUUGGACAUAGUAGUUAGCAUAAUGCUAUUACAGUACCAGCAAUCCAGGUUCAGUUCUGCUGCUGUAGGUGAAGAGUUUGUACAUUUUCUCCUGGUGCUCUGGUUUCCUCUUGCAUCCCAAAGAUGUAUGGAUUAGUCAGUUAAUUAGUUACAUGGGUCUUCCCCUAGAAGAUCAGAGUGGUCAUCUAUGUGUGGAGCCUCACGAGAUGGGGGAGAUCUUAAACAAUUUUUUUACAUCCAUAUUUACUCAGGCAUAGCAUAUAUGGAAGGAAGGGAAACAAGCAGUAGUGUCAUGGAACAUAUAGAGGUUAAAGAGGAGGAGGUGCUUGCUGCAUUAUAGCAAAUAAAGGUAGAUAAAUCCCCCGGGCCUGACAUUAUAUUUCCUCGGACCUUGAGAGAGACUAGUGUAGAAAUUGCAGGGGCCCUGGCAGAAAUAUUUAAAAUGUCCUUAGCCACAGGUGCGGUGCCGGAGGGUUGGAGGGUAGCUCAUGUAGUUCCAUUGUUUAAAAGAGGAACAAAAGUAAACCAGGUAAUUACAGGCUGGUGAGCCUAACAUCAGUAAUAGGUAAAUUAUUGGAAGGUGUUCUGAGAGAUUGGAUAGACAAGUAUUUGGACAGCCAAGGGCUGAUUAAGGAUAGUCAGCAUGGCUGUGUGUGUGGUAGAUUGUGUUUAACAAAUCUUGUAGAGUUUUUUGUGGAGGUUUCCAAAAAUGGUUUUCAGCAGAAGCGCACAACAGUAAUGCAAAUACUUGCUCUCUGUAGAAUCAUCAAGGAAGUCAAGAUGAACAACCUACCAGUCCUGCUUACUUUCAUCGAUUUUCGCAAAGCUUUUGACUCCAUUCACCGAGGUAAAAUGCUGAAGAUCCUGAAAGCUUACGUAGUGCCAGACCAUCUACUGAGAGCAACAGAGUCCAGCUAUACCGAGACCAUGGCAAAAGUUGUAUCACCAGAUGGAGAAACAGCGGUUUUCAAGCUCCUAACUGGUGUGUUGCAAGGAGACAUUCUGGCACCCUACAUCUCUUUAUAAUCGUCCUUGAUUACACUGUACGUCAAACUACCAAAGAUCAUGACAAGCUUGGUUUUACCAUAAAGCCAGGACGAACCAAAAGGAUCAGACCAGUUAUGCUCACAGAUCUCGAUUUUGCAGAUGACAUGGUCCUGCUCUCUGACUGGAUGGAGGAAGCACAGCAGCUACUGACAAAAGUGGAAAUUGAGUUGGACUUCACCUAGAAGCUAAAAAGACAGAGUACAUGGCGUUCAACUGUGAUGAAGGUAUUCUUAAGGCCGUAAAGAAUGAUACCAUUAAGAAAGUCUUAGACUUCAAGUACCUCGGGUCAAGAAUGAUGAGUUCAGAGAAGGUCAUAAAAAUACGGAAGGUGCUGGCGUGGAGGGCUAUGAACGACAUGAAGGGAAUCCGGAGGUCGAACCUGAACAGAGGGCUCAAAAAGAGGAUCUUCAUAGUAGUCACAGAGUCCAUUCUCAUGUACAGAUGCAAAAUGUGGACAUUCAGCAAGACCAUACGAAAGUCACUAGAUGGUUGUUGUACAUGAAUGGUCCGGAUGGCUUCGUAAGUUGGCAACAGCACAUGACGAACGUUGAGCUCUAUGACAACCUACCGUUGCUCACUACUAAAAUUGAGGGGAGAAGACUGCAACCAGGGGGCACUGUCUACGCCACUCUGAGCUACCUGCCAGCCUAGUCAUCACAUGGGAGCCCAAGCAUGGGAGCAUGAACCCUGGGUGCCCUCCCAAGGCUAUGGUCUACAUGCUCCUAGAAGAUAGUGGCACAGCUAAUGUAGAUGAACUGAACACACUGAGGGAGAGGGAGGAGUGGAGAGUCUGUCACUGUGCCCGACACCAGCCCCCUAGGCCUGAGUUGACGUAACUAACUACCAAGAAUGUAGAUGAAGGAAAGGCUGUGGAUGUUGUCCACAUGGACUUUAGUAAGGCCUUUAACAAGGUCCCACAUGGGAGGUUAGUUAAGAAGGUUCAGACACUAGGUAUCCUGGGAGAGGUUGAAAACUGGAUUCAAAAUUGGCUGUGUGGAAGAAGACUGAGAGUGGUACUGGAUGAUUGCUUCUCAGACUGGAGGUCUGUGACUAGUGGUGUGCCUCAAGGACAUGUGUUGGGACCAUUGUUGUCUAUAUCAAGGACUUAGAUGAUAAUGUGGUAAAUUGGAUCAGCAAGUUUGCUGAUGACACUAAGAUUGGAGGUGUUGUGGACAGCAAGGAAGGCUUUCAAAGCUUGCAGAGGGAUCUGGACCAACUGGAAAAAUGGGCCAGAAAAUGCCAGAUGGAAUUUAUUGCAGACAAGUGUGAGGUGUUGCAUUUUGGAAGGACAGAUCAAGGUAGGACAUGCACAGUAAAUGGUAGGGCACUGAGGAGUGCGGAGGAACAAAGGAAUCUGGGAGUUCAGAUACAUAAUUCCCAGAAAGUGGCGUCACAGGUAGACAGGGUUGUAAAGAAGGCUUUUGGCAUCCUGGCAUUUAUAAAUCAAAGUAUUGAGUACAGGAGCUGGGAUGUUAUGGUGAGGUUAUAUAAGACGCUGAUGAGGCCAAAUUUGGAGUAUUGUGUACAGUUCUGGUCAUCCAACUAUAGGAAGGAUAUCAGUAAGAUUGAAAGAGUGCAGAAAAGAUUUACUAGGAUGUUGCCGGGUCUUCAGGAGUUGAGUAACAGGGAAAAAUUGAACAGGUUAGGACUUUAUUCCUUGGAGCGUAGAAGAAUGUGGGGAGGAUUUGAUAGAGGUUUACAAAAUUGAGGGGUAUAGACAGAGUAAAUGUGAGUAGGCUCUUUCCACUUAGAUUACGAGAGAUAAAUAUGAGAGGGCAUAGCUUUAGGGGGAAAGGGGAAAGGUUUAGGGGGAACAUUGGAGGGAACUUCUUCACUCAUAGCCUUGGAAUGUGGAAUGAGCUGCCAUCUGACGUGGUAAAUGUGGAUUCACUCUUAAGUUUUAAGAAUAAAUUGGAUAGAUACAUGGAUGGGAGAAGUAUGGAGGGUUAGGGACUGUGCCAGUCAAUGGGACUAGCAGAAUGAAGUUUCAUCAAGACUAAUGGCCCGUUUUCUGUGUUGUAGUGUUCUAUCGAUGUAAUUGGGCAACACAGCUCGUUGUGCCUGAAGGAUCUGUUACUGUGCUGUAUCUCUAAAUUUAAAAAAAUAGCUGAAAAUAAACAUCACUUUAGUCCACUGACACAAAAAUAAAGCUGAUGGAAUUGGGAUUUAAUUUUCUGAAGCUGUAUCAGAUUGUUUACAACCUUAGUACAUGAGCAGAUGCAUAAGAUGUACAGGUAUCCUUUGGAGGCUAAGACCAUUCUGUGUGCUGCUUUUCACACAUUUUGAAUCAGCUGUAGCCCCUUUUAAAAAUCCUGAAAAUUUCAAGCAGCUACAGAAUUAAAGGGUUGAUGAAUUAUUAGAGAGCUUUUAAAUUAUGUUUGCACAAGGUCAAUGGAUUUAAGUUUCCAUUGGCCUGUUCAAUUACCUUUAGUUAGGUUAUUCCUUGAGUUCAAAUGCUCCUAAGUUGCGUGAUAACUGGACAACAUAAAUUUAAUGAGCAUCUUUAAUGUAAUAAAAUGCCCCAUGACACUUAGCAGGAAAUUAUUGAAAAACAUCGAGUCAUAUGGAAGAUACUGGGGUAGAUGAUAAAACUUUGUCAGAUGUAUUUUAAAAGAGAUUUGAAAUGGGUAAAUGCAAGGCCCUGGAAGGAUUUGAAAACGAGAAUUUUAAAACCAAUAGCAUUGCGUUCUCAGUAGAUCAAUAAGCAGGAGAGUCGUGUAAGUGAGGUUAUCAUCCCCCCAGCUCAAUAUGUUUGAGUUAUUUGCACUCUUAUUCGACAAUGGUCUAAGAUUUGGCAUUCCCUCACCGUCCUCCUGUUUCUGAUUUUCUCUUUUUAUGACAUUCCAUCAACACUUACGACAAGAUUUUGAUUACUGGCCCUAAUAUCUGUGUAGCUUGGUGUCAAAUUUUGUUUUGAUAAUGCUUUUACUAAUCAUAUUGGGACACUUUACUAAAUUGUAAUAUAAUUUUUUUGUGAGGGGGUUACUUAAAGUUUCUGCAUCAAUACCUUGCUGUACAAGUUAUAUUGACCUUCAGUUUAAUGGUUUUUCAGUGUUGUUUUGCAUUUGGGGUGUAGUAUUAUGUCAUCAGCAGCUCAUGGACCUUGAUUUUUUUAAGCAUUUUACUAUCAUUAAAAUCUUGAAAGUACUUUCAACUUAGAAGAGUAGUUGUAAUCAAUAGUUUCAUUUGGUUUGGACUGUUGUAUAAACUUGUAUUGUGCAUAUAUGGUGUCUAGUUUAAUUUGCAUGGAAUAGGAUAUGUAAUCCAGUUGAUGACCUGUAUAAUACUCUUGGUGUAAGUACACACUUGAAGCACAUUGGUACACAGUUACUUGUAUUUGAUAAAUGUGACACCCAAAAAUAUUCGAACAGUAUUCAGUACAUGGGUAUCUUAUUUGCAUGGCAGGCUUUUGACUUUUACAGGUACAAUAUUAGCGUUAACUGACAUAAGCAGUAGUUCUGUAAUCAAAGGCAUUAUUUAAUAAUUUUACAUUGGCAGGUUUAUAAUCAGUAACUUUUCAAUUUUAGCUUUGAAGUACUCUAUUGGUAGGAAAUUUGAGAAAUACUUUCUGCCAUUCAUUCAUUUUCCGAUGUAAUGCACAAUAUGUGUAUUUCUAUCAGUGUACAGACUAUUCUAUUCAUUGAACAACUGUAUUUCAUGAGUUGGUAGAGAUUCUUGACUGCAUAGUUUUAAAUCAAUUCAAAAUGUUCUUUCAUUUUGUAUGGGACAGAUUUACAGUUUUAUUGUUUGAAAACUUAAGGAUCAGCCCUCUGCAAUGUAGAAAUAAAAACUGGGCUGCAGGAUUAUAUGCUUGUAUUGGAACAACUUUUAAUAUCGUUGGUCAUUGUCAGCAUUCAUGGAUACCCACCCAAUGUUUCUGCUCAGUCCUUUGCCCAAUUCAUAACCCAAAACAAUGAUAUGGUUUGUUCUGAAGGUUUGAAACUAGAGUUCAAUAAUCAACAACUUAUUUGCGUGAAGUAAUGGAAGAAAAGCUAAUGAUGUGGUUUCUCUAUCAUUUUCUAG